AUGGAACAAGCUCUACAGCCUUUGUAUGAGAAGUGGCAAAAGGACGUGCAAGAAUGGGACGCAAACGACAAGCGUAAAAGACUAGAGGAACUAAACAAAUGUAAAACUCCGGGCGACAAAGCAAACUACGAUCUGGAUCUCUUUCUCGAACACUACUUCACCACUAAUGGUCAGCCUGAUCUUCACAAAACACCAGACCCACUGUCAUUAGAGGGAUUUGAUGACAGACUAGGCCUGCAUCUCAAGGCUGGAGAAGUUCCUGGAUUGUACACAAAGAGUGGAGGCCCUAGGGAUAACCGAACGCUUUGCAUCGGGUGGAAUACAAAAGCUGUGGAUGCACUAGCGGCGUCUAUCAACACGCGCGCUCUUGAAGCAAAGAAGCAUGAGAAGGAGAAGAAGUGGACGCAAGCCAUGGAAGCGCACGAACAGUACUUGUCAACCCUCAAGCCACCUCCCGCAAGCCGAGGCCGAAAGGCAAAGCCGAGUUUUGAUCUUGAGAAAUGCCAGGGCUCGUAUAUUAUCAAGUGCGAUCCUGUUACCGAUGGUUGGCAACAUCUCAAUUGGCACAUACUCACCAUGAACAUUUUCCCAGGCAAAGGGAAUAGUCUGAGAGCCAACUUUGAUUUCGGCAUUAUAACAGGAGCUAUGUUUCUUUCCAGUGAUGAAGAGGUCUUGGACGAUCUAGUUGGAUCCGAGAAUGGCUCGGGAACGGAGGACAGUGAUGACUCCGAAGUUCAGAAGGAGACCAAAAAGGGCCGCAAGAGAAGUAUGAAGAAAGAGACCAAGGUUGCGAACAAAGGCCGCCCCGCAAAAAAGAAGAAAAGUGUGACUACGCUGUCCCGUCGUGUCUUUUAUCGAUUGCGUGGAAAGGAGACUGGAGAAGGCGAGAUACUGCCUGAUGCAGAGGCUGGAGAGAUCGAAUUCCUCAGCGACGACUGUAUUAAGUUCUCUGGCGUGGCAUAUGAAUUCCCUCACGUCGGGAGUAACGUUGAGUUCAGUGGCUACAAGAUAUCCAGCUCGCCUGAAGGAUUCCCGAGGAGUUGGAAUGAUUAUUCUGAAGCGGCUUAUGAACGUGCGAGGAUCGGACGAUGGCGAUGA